AUGCCAGUUAGCUUUUUUGAAAGCAUAGUUUUCCUAAAACAAAUGUGCAUUGAAAGUAUAUCUUAUCUUGCUAUUAUAAUAGUUAUGUCAAAAUCUAGUCCACCAACGGCGUAUGUAAAAUAA